AUGUCAGACACCGAAUCAGACACCGCAAGCUCGGUCGGCAGCAUCGUCGAAGAUGCAAGCGAGCCAGAUACGACUAGCUUCAAAGAUCUAUUCUCGGAUCGACAAUGGACUCGUGUGUCAGAUAUGGUAGAGCACAACAAAGCUGAGAUUGGCUUUGAUCUUCCUGCCACGAUCAAAGGACUUGGAUCAGACGCGGACGAGAUCACUGUCAUCAAGCUGAUCAACUACCUCCGGUCUGAAGCACAAAAAGGCACCGAUCCUAAGAGUAUCAAAGUAACUACAGAUGAUCUCGCGAGCGACAAGUAUCUGCAGCCAGUAUUGGAGGAUGAUGCUUUACUAUUCGAACUUGGGGAUCUCAUGCCGGAUGACGACAACAAGGCCAUCGACUACGACGAGUACGAGGCCAAGAUGCACAAGGACAUGCAAGAGGACUUCUCCAAGAUCAAGCUCACCAACGACCGGGACCAGGACUACUUCGAAUCGUACAAAGGCAACAGCAUUCACCGUGAGAUGAUUGAGGAUCGGGUAAGAACAGAAGGGUACCGUGACUUCAUUGAAAAGAACGCCGAGGUGUUUGCUGGAAAGACUGUGCUAGAUGUUGGAUGUGGUACUGGUAUUCUGUCCCUCUUCUGCGCACGAGCAGGCGCAAAGAAAGUGUUCGCAGUCGACAACUCUGGCAUCGCAGUCCGCGCUAAGGAGAUCAUCGCAAAGAACGGGUACCAAGACCGCAUUGAACUGAUCCAGGGUCGCGCCGAAGACUUCAACACGCAGCGGCUGAUCGGCAAGGAGAAGGUCGACAUCAUCAUCUCUGAAUGGAUGGGCUACGGCCUACUUUUCGAAGGCAUGCUAGACUCUGUUCUGCGCGCACGAGACAUGUACCUCAAGCCUGAUGGCAUCAUGGUACCUUCCCACUGCAACAUCCGCCUCGCACCAAUCUCGGAUGCCGACUGGAUAGCAGACAGCACGAGUGAGAAGUUUUGGAAAGACAUCUACGGCUUCGACUUCUCACCCAUGAUCCCAGGAGGUCUGCUCAACACACACGAGAUCGGUGUCUUCGAUGUUCCCGAGAAGGCGCUUUGCGGCAGUGCGACGAGUCAUCUGCUUGAGAUGAAGACUGUGUCCGUGCAAGACCUAAGCUUCAAUGUACCUCUUCGUAUGACGCUUGACCGCGACAUCACGUCUCUCCAGGCCAUUGCAAUAUGGUUCGAUACCAUCUUCAUCCACCCUGGAAGCUCACAAGACGUCAAGACGCUGGAUAAUGUUGAUUGGGGCAAGAACGGUAUCCCGGGCCUGGGCUUCUCGACGGGACCGAGCAACACACCGACACAUUGGCAUCAGGCGGUACUGCUGCUGGACAAAGAGGUUGCGGAGAAGCAAGCAUAUAAGAAGGGCACAGUGUUGGAGGGUAGCUUGACAUAUGCGAAGGAGAAGGGUGAUGAUCGGGGUAUCACCGUGACGGUGGAAUGGAAGGGUCAGGGAGAACAGGGCGAUGUUGAGGGAAAGGUGCAAAGGACGAUGGCCUAG